AUGUUUGGUAAGGCGAAAGAGCAGGCGCGGCGAGGUAAGUCAGCGGAACGAGGCGUUCCGAGCGACAGCGAAGAAAACUUGCCCGCGACGACACAACACAAAGAUUCAAAAGGUGGCUUCAAAGCAAGCGGCAAAAAUGCCUUGUCAAAAGCCAAGGCCGGAGGAGGAAGUCUCCUCUCGCGUCUUGGCAAAAUCGGUCGGAGUGGUAGCAGCAAUCCCUCCAGCGAGAGGGAGAGGGAGGUGCCGGACAAUGAAUACGUUUUCAAAGUCAUCAAUCUGCCGCUCGUGGAGCAGACCCGCAUCACGCGAAUCAGCAAGCAGAUCAAUGCUUGCCGCGACAAGACGGAAUACUGGAUGCCCAGUCUGCCAUGGAGAUGUAUCGAUUACCUCAAUUCCAAGUGCGAGUAUGAGGGACUUUAUCGCGUGCCCGGAAGUGGUCCUCAGGUGAAGCGCUGGCAGCGGCGUUUCGACACAGAGCUCGACAUCGAUAUUCUGAAAGAGGAAACCUACGACGUGAACGAGAUCGCCAGCAUGCUCAAAGCAUGGCUGCGAGAGUUGCCCACCGAGAUCUUCCCUGCUCAACGACAAAAGGACCUGGCCGCCAAACUAGAGAAAGAGAAUCCUAAAUACAAGAAUGUUGGUGAACCAGCACCACAACUACUUCGAGAUGCCCUCUCCGAGCUACCGCCAUUCAACUACUACCUCUUGUUCGCCAUCACCUGCCAUCUCUCUCUGAUCCUCAACCACAAAGACCAGAACCGAAUGGAUCUGAACAAUUUAGCUGUGUGUGUCGGACCUUGCCUCAACCUCGAUCGAUGGCUCUUCAACUACCUGGUGGGAGACUGGCGGAACUGCUGGCGUGGCUGCAAUACCGAA